AUGGAAAAGCCACUGGGGGUGCCACUGCCACAGGAUAGGCACCUGGUAGGACCCCCGGGAGUGCCACUACCUCUGGGAUGGCGCCUGGUGGUGCCACCGCCCCUUAGAGGGCCCCUGGGGGUGCUAACGCCCCGGGGCCCCACGGGCGCAACCCCAAACCUGAGAGGGCCCCUGUUGGCCCUGCUGCCUUUAGGAGGGCUUCUGGGACGAUUCUGUCCCUGCAAAGGCACCAGGGGUGACGCUGCCCUUGAGAGGGUUCCUGGGGCCACUGCUACCCCUGGAACGAACCCUGGCGGCGCUUCCGCCCUUGGAAGGGCCUCUGAGGGCGCCACUGGCCCUGGGAGGGCCUCUGAGACCGCCACCGCCCCUGGGGGUGCCUCCUCUAUUGGCAGAGCCCCUGCGUGUGCCACUGGGGCGCAAACCCCCCUGAAAGGUCCCCUGGGGGCGCCGCCGCCUCUUGGAGGGCCACCGCCCCUGGAAGGACCCCUGGUAUCUCCGCUGCCCCUGGGAGGGACCCUGGCGUCGCCGGGCCCCUGGGGCGACGCUACCCUUGGGAGGGUCCCUGCGGGCGCCGCUGCUCCUGGGACGAACCCUGGAGGCGCCACCGCCCCUGGGAGGGUUCCUGAGACCACCAUCGCACCUGGCAGGGCCCCUGGGGGUGCCACCUCCAUUGGCAGUGCCCCUGCGUGUGCCCCUGGAGCGCACUCCCCCCUGGUAGAGCCCCUGGGAGCGCCGCCGGCUCUGGGAGGGCCCCUGGGGUCCCAGCUGGCUCUGGGGUCGCCGAUGGGAGAGCCCCUAGGUGUGCCACCGACCCUGGAAGGACCUAUGGGAUGCUAA